UGAGUCACGACCGAGCCUAUUCCGUAGCAGCAAGAAAGUCAAACGAUAACGACGUCUUAAAACUCAACGACGACACCAACACUUGAUUCGUUUUCGUCCUCUCUAAUAAUAACAGCAAGUAGUAGUAGUAUCAAACAAACACAAAACAGUAAUACCCGCCAUAUUUACUGCGUAAGCACGAGUGUUAGUGAGUGAGUGUGUUGCAAUUGCGAUUGUAAGAAGCUCCAUAAAAAUGCCAGAGUUAGGGUUUCAGGAACGAAGGUCCUGGAGGCGGAGAGGCGGCGACACCAGCCCCGACUCCGUCAUCUUCACUCUCGAAUCCAACUUGAGCCUCUUCUCCUCCGCCUCCGCCAGCGUCGACCGCUGCUCCUUCGCCUCCGACGCCCACGACCACGACUCCUUAGCCUCUGAAAUCUCACUCCAUUUGGCAGUGCAGGAUCACGACGGCGAUUUCGCUCGUAGCGAAAGCUGGAGCGGUCAAGAUCCGGAUCCGGAUCUGAAUAAACGACAACAACAACAACAACAACAACGACACGCAGAUACAGAUUCAGAUGCAGUACAUAGGAAGCAUCGCCGAAAUCGUUUCUCUGGAAAAAGAGAGAAAGCGAAAGUUCAAAAGGAAGAGGACAGUGAUGGUGGUGACACUGAGGACGGAAAUCAACACUUAGAAUUUGAUUCGGCCAGAAACUCUUUCUCUCUGGCUCUCAAAGAAUGUCAGGAUCGGAGAUCAAGAUCUGAGACGUUAUACAAGAAGCACGAUCGGCGAAGGCCUGCUUCGUUAGAUCUGAACAAUGCCAUUGGCAAUGGCAAUGUUUCUUCGCCUCGUUUGGAAUUAGGAGCUAUGAAGAAGAGCACGCUUUGCACUCGAAGGUCUGGCUCUGGCUGUGGCAAUGGCAAUUUUCCGAGUCCUGGAACGCCUAAUUAUCUUCACGCCAGUGUUGCUAUGCAAAAGGGUUGGAGUUCGGAGCGAGUUCCUUUGCAUACCAGUGCUGCACGCAAGCAGGUUGGUGCGGCUCUGUUGCCUUUCAACAACGGCCGAACGUUGCCGUCCAAAUGGGAAGACGCCGAGAGGUGGAUUCUUAGUCCUGUUUCCGGUGAUGGUGGCACCGGGAGGGCCUCGUUUCCGGCACCGCAGAGGAGGCCAAAGUCGAAGAGUGGGCCUCUUGGCCCCCCUGGAGCUGCUGCCGUUGCGUACUAUUCCAUGUAUUCCCCUGCGGUGCCUUUGUUUGAAAGUGGGAAUUCGGGGAGUUUCAUGGCAGCUUCUCCGUUUUCUGCUGCUGUUAGUGUCUCAGCUGCUGCCGCUGAUGGGUUAACUGCCAGUUCCGGUGGCAGUACUGAUCCUUGCAUGGCUCGCUCGGUUAGUGUCCAUGGUUGCUCUCAGAUGCAGAGUCAGUCAUCAUUGCCGGCCCAAGGGGAGAAGUUUGAUGGUUUCAAAGAUGCAGGCACCAAUGUAUCUCCUGCUCUUUCAAGGAGGGACAUGGCCACCCAGAUGAGCCCAGAGGGUAGCUCAUGCUCCUCUCCCAGUUUGAGGCCUUCUUUAUCUGCCUCCACUCCAUCUUCCUUUCCUCUCUCAGAGUUCAAGAGUUUGCCUUUCUCUAAAAUGGAUAUCAGGGAUGUGCCGGUAGAUGAACGUGUAACCAUGACAAGGUGGUCCAAGAAACACAGGGCCCUUUUUUCUGGCAGAGGCUCAGAAAAUGGUGACAACUGGAAAAUUAAGGAAUCAAGCUGUCGAUCUUCAUUUUGGGACAUUUCUGGAGGGUCAAAGACUGUUUCAAAGUCCAAAAGGGAGGAAGCCAAGAUCAAUUCAUGGGAGAACUUACAAAAGGCCAAAGCUGAGGCCGCAAUACGAAAACUAGAGAUGAAGUUGGAAAAGAAGCGAGCAUCAUCUAUGGAUAAGAUUAUGACCAAACUGAGAUUGGCUCAGAAAAAAGCUCAGGAAAUGAGAAGUUCAACUUUAGCCAACCAGCCCCAUCAAGUUCCCAGAACUCCGCACAAGGCUAUAUUAUUUAGUAGAGCCAGUCAGAUGGGUUCUUUAAGUGGUUGUUUCACCUGUCAUGCCUUUUAAUCUUGAAGCUUGGGUUUCAUAAUUCAGAAAGAUUUAAACGUGCCCCAUGUUAAUGAAUGAAAGGUGGAUAAAAGUGAGAGCAGCUUACUAAGUUGACACUAUAUUGGUGUCAUCGCGGUUUUGCAAUGCAUGAAAUAGCGGCACCUUCUAAAGGUAUCCGAUAAAAUCUAAAGCCCCUUGUGCCCUCACCCUUGGGAGUUUGGAUUCAAUGAUAAAUAAUAUGUGUAUGUACGUAGGCCAAACUUUAGAAAUAAGCUUCAUUUUUAUUUUAUUUUAUUGUAUUUUUUUCCUCUCCUCAACAGUUUGCUGUUCAGAUGUAAUAUGUUAUCUAUCUAUAGUAGAACGAUAAAUUAACCACAAAUCUGCAAUUUAGUUUUUCCUUCAC